CUCGCUCCAUCUUCCCCCAGUUCAAAGAAACGAGCAAAACCCCACCCACCUUCCUCUUCCAGGAUCCGCGUUCCUGCCGUAAACCAUUCGCUCGAUUUCGAUCUCCAGAUCUGCUGUUGAAUGCGCGAUUGAUCCGCGCGCCGGCCCGAUUCCUCGACCGUCGCAAGAAGCGUCCUCUCCUCUCCCUCCGGUUCCCGCAGGAACUCGUCCUUGGAGGGGUGGAGGGCUCUGUGAGUCUCCAACAGUUCCCCAAGAUGAGAAGAUUCUUCUUCUUCGGAUCCUCCACGGGGAACGAGGGGAAUGAGAAUGGGACGCCGGGUGAUGAUGGCAAGAGUAAGAGUAAGUACAAGAAGACAUUGGAGGAGGCUGAGGGCAAUGGCAAUUCCAGUUCCAGUUCCAACCACCCCACAGCAAGGAUAUCUAGGUCGAGAAGCCGUCGUGAGAAACUAAAAGAUGAGGAACCGUCCAAUCCGAAGCAGCUCAGGAGGAGCAUGUCAUUCUCCGCGGCUACCAACAGCUGCUUGAGGGAACGGAGCUUCAGCUUCUCGGGUGAUGUUGCUGGUUCUUUGUACCAUGAACCUGAUGCGCCUCGCCAUGCUGAAGAUGUCAAUCACUAUGCAUGGUCACCAGAAAGGCAUUCUGCAUUAAGACAAUACUCGAUAAAGGUUCCAAAAGCACAUUCAGUCCUGGAAACUGAUUCUCCUCGUUCAAGAUGUCAUUCAUGCUCAACAGGUCACUCUCCUCCUACCUCUCCUGUUGCCCUGCGAUGCAGGUCGACGAGAUUCAGCAAGAAUGAAGUGCUAGAUCGAUACAUUGAUGGAGAGCAGGAAGCUGCAAUCCAAUAUGAGAAGCGGAACCAGAACUCUCCCACCAGAUCUGUGGUCUCGAAUUCAAGAAGGCCACCUCGACCCCAUCAUUUGCCAAAAUCAAUGAAAGAGAGCCUUGAGACCUACUCAAAUGUGGAUGAUGGCUAUGUCCACCAAUUUGCUCAAGAGUGUACAGGUAACUCUUGCAAGAUUACAGCUCCGCACGAUGCAAGUAAACAUCAUGCAACUGUUUCGGAUGAUUUUGGGAGAUAUCCACAUUUGGAAGAUUACAAAUCAGAAAGUGUUCCAUCUGUUGAAGAUAUCUAUGAGGAUUUCCAAGAUAUGCAACCUUCAAAUGUCAUUCAUGAUGGCCCCCAGUAUUUCCAUGAUAAUGACUUGGGGUCUGCACUAGAGGGGCAAGAAACUGAUGACAAGUUGCUUCAAAGGGCAAAAGAAGUUGAAGAGAGGUUCAUAGACCCUUCUGCAGACAGUUACGAGCUUAACAUGUCCAGUUAUAGGCGACUACGGUCAAAUGACAUGUUCCAAUUAAUUCAGUGUUUGACUGAAGAUAGGAGACAGCUAGCAGAAGAACUGUCUUCGCAGAUAAAGGCACGCCUUACAGAAAGGUUUGCUGCCAAAGAGCGGUACAAAGAAUCAAUGAAAGAAUUGGACAUCCGAACUAGAAGGCUGGAGAAGGAGAAGACUGAAGUACAAAGUGCUUUGGAGAGAGAGAUCGACAGAAGGUCAAAUGAUUGGUCAGCCAGGCUUUUAAUGUUUCAAUCUGAAGAAGAGAGACUACGUGAACGGGUGAGAGAACUUGCAGAGAAGAAUGUCUCAUUUCAGAGAGAGCUCACUUCUCUUGAAGCAAAUAGAGUUGAUUCUGCUGAUAAGGUUGCAAGUUUAGAAACGCAAAACAUAAAGCUAGCCGAUGAGCUAGAGAAAGUCAGAAACGAGCACACUAAUCUCCAUAAUUCUUCAGUAGAUUUGCAUGCUCAGUUUGCCAAAGCUUCAGAAGAAAAGGAUCAUAUCAGGGAAUUCUUGAAAGAUAAGGAAGCUGAUAACAAGGCAUUGCAUCAAGUGAUUGCAAAGUUACAAACAAUAUGCAAUGAACAAGAAAAGACAAUCGCUGGUUUGAGACAGGGAUACAGUUCUGAAUUAGAUAAGAAAUCUACUGAGUUCAGCAGUGAGAAAAAGAAUAGGAUGCAGAUGGAACUAAUUAGACUGACAGGAGUUGAGCAGAAGUUGAGAGCUGAAGUCCAAUCUCGUCAUCUUGAAGCAGAAUCUCUUAGGCAGGAGAAUAUUGCACUCCUGAAUCGUAUACAAAGUACUGAAAAUGGAUCAACCCUUAGCUCAAUUCGUCUUGACCAGGAGCUUCAAGCCAGAGUGGACAAUUUGCAGUUACAAGGCUUGUCGUUGCUUGAUAAGACUAGCCAACUUUGCACCAAAUUGUUGGACCUCGUGAAAUGCAGGAGGCAUGAAAAUGAACAUGACAGUGAUAUCGAUGCAUUAGAUUACACAUUAGAGUUCCAGGGCAUCAGAGGAGGAAUUGAUAAUCUGAAACGAAGUUUGCGAUCAAUCAAUGAUGUGCUCACUGAGAAGCAAAAAUUGAAAGAACAAUCUGGAGACUCUGCAGUUGGAGGUAGCACCCCCAUGGGGCAGAAGGAUGAGUUAUAUCUGGAUAACUCUGAAUUCAAGUUGAAAGAAGAGUCUCUUCUGAAUAGAGUACUUAAGGAGGCACUUUUGUCAAAGGAACUUGACAUUGAACAAUUGCGGUCAGACGUGGCAUCUUUGCUCCGUAUCCAACAUGUCAUGAGAAAUGAGGUCCAGAGAGUCCAGGAUGAACUAUCUUGCAUUACCCACAAGGCUAAGCAUCUGGAGCUUCAGGGUUCGAAGAAAGACGAGUCCAUCGACCAAAUCCAGCAGGAUUUCCAAGAAUCUGCCAAGGAGCUAAGUGCCCUUAGAGGACAGCUGAAGAUAGUAACCGACGAAAGGGACCUCUCGUGGCAGGAAUCCAAGCAGCUUCGCAAGACGACCAGCAUCAUGCAGAACGAGAUCGUCUCGCUGAAGAAGGAGGUGGAAUCCCUUGAAGAAGACAUCCUCGUCAAGGAGGGCCAGAUCUCCAUAUUGCAAGACAACAUCUACAAGCCGCCGCUGGACUUCAUCUGCAGCCCCAGAACAAUGAAACAAUUCGAUAUGGAGUGAAAAGAAAAGAGUGAAUUCCAUUUUUGACACUUAAGUUUCAGGUUUUUGACAGCUUUGACCCCAUUUAGUAAAAUUUUCAUUUUUUGACCCCAUUUAACAAAAGUUUUACCACAAAUGACCCCAUUUAAUUUUUUUAAACCUCAUUGUUCGGUCUGAAUGCAUAUAUCUGCUGCAAACAAAGAGGAGCUAGCGAGAUCUUAGUAUGUCUUCCGAUAAUCAUGUCUGAGAUAACGAAAUUAACUUGUGCUAAUGCCCGCAGAAGAUUCAACAUCCUUUUUCUAGUGUCUUGUUGCACGACAUGAUUACCAUGGCAUUCAGCGCAUUUAAAUGGGGUCAUCUGUUGCAAAACUUUUGCUAAAUGGGGUCAAAAAGCGGAAAUUUCACUAAAUGGGAUCAAAGUUGUCAAAAAACUGAAACUUAGGGGUCAAAAAUGAAAUUCACUCAAAAGAAAAAGAACCUGCAUACAGACAGAACCUAAGAAUGUUUUACGGUCAGCAGCAGAGCUCUUACAGCAUGAAAACAGAGGUAGAUCAACCGAUGCCUGACUGUCCAUAGUGUGUCCAUAUGAUAUAUAUGACAUGAUAUGUUUCUACAAGUAUCUUCAGUACACCAUAGCUAUAUAUAUUUGCAGAAUUGCAGACGAUGAACCUAAUUAAUUGCACCUUCUGUAAGGCUUUGCAUGCAUACAUAAUAAUGUGGCGAUCGAUGAACCAUUAAUCA